AUGGAUGCGCAGUAUCCCUUUGCUUCCCGCGACGACAUUUGGCGUGUCUUUGACGAGUUGAAGGAGCUCCACAUUGCCCAGUACGAGCAAGGAGAACGGCUCGCGCAACUGGAGCGUCGCCGGGACGACGAUGCUCGACUGAGGAGUCCUUGGUGUCCUGUGUCACCAUUUCCGCACUCGGUUGGGGCGAUCACUCCAGGUAGUCCACCUCUGUCCUCCAGGAUCAAUUCGCCACUUACCAAGACAUCCCUUCCAGACCCCACUUUCCACUCGCCCCCGGAUGCUUUCAAAGGAUUCGAUCAAGGUCACCAUUCCGCAAUGGCCAGUUCUGCUGUGGGGUUUGAUGCCGAGGACGAGCCUAGACGGGGUGCGUCGCGAGCCAACAGUGUCCGCUUUGACGAAAGUGCUAUCCACGGGAACGGCCAGGCUAGCCGUUCCAGCAACGACCUUCCUUUGCGGACCGGCAGCGGCUUGAGUACCCACCCGCUUCUUGAACGGACAUUUUCUCACCAAUCUGAUGGACGAUUGAGUUCAUCCGGUCACUCACACCAUUCCGCUCGGACUAAUAGCCUGCGCCUUAACACCACUCGGCUGCUUGGUACUACGCCUAUCGAAUCCCCUUUGAUUCCCCCUCCUGGACUCUUCUUGCUGGGACCGGUCCCGUCCAUCAUUCGGUGCUGGUUGACUGAUACUUUCACUAAUGGCUCUCUCCUCUACGCAGCCGUUUGCUCGGGCUCUUACGUCUCGACUUUGGGUCUCUCGAUGGUCCGCGAAUUUGGGAUGGAGAACAUGGUCGUGCGCGAGAGCGAUGUUCAGUACAUCAAACUUCCGCUGUAUCUUCCUGAAGCACUUAUUCACCCAUCUUCGUCGCGCCCCGGGACCCCUACUCACCAAGUUCCUACUGUGACCAUCCGCUUUGUGGUUCGAGAGAUAGACGUCGGCGAUAACUCGAUUCAGAUCAUCAUUGGAAGUGACGUGAUGCGUGCCCACAAUGCUGAUAUUUUAUUCUCGCAAGAUAAACUGAUCAUGGUGGACGACGAACACAACCGCGUGUCUGUCCCCCUCGUGCGUCCUGAGAAGGACUCCGUGUUUAAGUCUCUUUGCACUUCUCCUGGUACUCCGAAUUCUGGAGACAUACUGGGACCUCCUACUAAUGGAAAUCCAUCCGUUGGUAUCAUUGGCCGGCCUGCCAAUGUUCAAGGAAAACCGGCCUCUGCGCCUCCAUCGACUCGUCUGUCUGGCAGCGAGAACAUCGAUCCUCACAAGUCCCACAUACAGAACACCCAGGCUCAUGCUCACGUUGCAGCUGAAACGCGCCCGGCGUCUGCCAAUCCACCGACUUCUGAGCCUACUAAAACCGAGGAUAUCUCUUGUUGGGGCGGCCCAUGGCGCCGCGAUGCCAAGAAAUCCACCAACACAACGAAAACGUCCGAUAAACGCGAGAUGAAGGUCUUCCGCACCGGAAAAUCAACCAGCCAUGCGAACUCCACAACUUCGGCCUCGGCUCCUGGCAGUGCUACCACUGAGCAGGCCAACAAGUCGUCUCUGCCCAUUACUUCUGUCCACCAUCCAACUACCCCUUCGGACAAGCAUGGUACGCUGAAUCCCGUGGGUGGUGCAUCGGCGUUUGGAUGGCUCAACCCGCCCCAUCACAAUGCCUCGUCCUAG